UCCAAUAUUGUUUUUUCUUUUUUCUUUUUUUAUGAAUUUCAUCUUUUCUUCCAUCUUCAGCUGGUUCAAGGAACAAAGUUAACUCUUCUUUUUUCUUUGAAUUUAAAAUUCUUUCAUAUGUUGGGUGCAUGAGUUGAUGCAAUUUUUGCUUCACACAAUGUUUUCUUCUCUUUGAAGAUUCAGAUUUGAAGUUUGACUUAUUCAACCUUCAUCUCAGAAGCUUAAUGAAAAUUAAGAGGCUGCUUUAGUUUAGAUCAAAGCCGAAUUAUCAAACCAAGAUGUCAUCGAACAAUAAGAUGAAGGGCCUGCUAAAAGGCCUUAGAUACAUUUCUCAAAUAUUUGAUAAUGAAAAAGAGCCUGAAAUGCAGAUUGGUUUGCCAACAGAUGUAAAGCAUGUGGCCCAUAUAGGAUGGGAUGGCCCAUCUGUAAAUUCUGCACCCAGCUGGAUGAAUGAGUUUAAAUCACCACCAGGACUUUCAUCAGCACCUUUAGCUAAUGGAGGAGAAGUUAGGGAGGAAGAUCCUGUCAAAUGGGUCUCUCAAGAUGGGAGCUGCCGAAAAGGUUCACGGCGUCAAAGUUCUUCAUCCAGAGACAUGCCAGAACUGCCUAAAUCUUCAAAGCGCAGUUCAUCAACGGAUGGAAAUGUUACAGACGAGUCUUCAAUGAAGGAAAAGCCAGAUAAACCUAGGCAAUCAAGGAAGCCUUCCAAGAACUCUUCUUCCAAGGAUAGAAAACCCAAGGAUCCAAACCAAGCAACUGACUCAACCUCACAAGACCUCCCUGGCCUCCCAAAGAAAAGUGGUCGGCGGAAAAAGUCCAAAGACUCCUCUGUUGACGGAUCCUCCAGGCGGCACAGAACCCAGGACUUCGAUACUGGAUCCGAGUCAGGGUCUGUAUCUGGCGCCCUAGAGGAACGACGUAGUAAUGCUUCAGGUUUUGAAGAAAGGGAAGGUACCUGAGAAAAUUAUUGUUUUUGGUUGGUAAACAUUGGCACUACUAGCUAGACUCUUUUGCUUUAGUGGAAACCAAGAAGAGUUACAUACUUUUUUUUUUGUUUAUUUUCCCACCUCAGGGAAACCUUGUAUGAUCAAAGAUCCAUUGGAAUUAAUUGUUGAAACUUGGAACUGAUUCUGUGAUUCAGGUUUCAAUGAAGGAAAAGUUUCAUUGCGGGAUAUUAAUUUUUUUCAUGGUGCAUGCAUCAAUUACUCCGUAAUUUUUAUAUUGUGUUGAGCCUUCAUGAAUCAUGAUUAAUGCUCUUAAACAACAGCUUUUUCUCGAGAGUUGCAUCAAGUCAUGACAAAAAUAUCGAUGCUUUCUCUAAGUAUGUCUUAAUGGCUGAGCCAGAAUCUGGUUAGCUUACUACUUUAUUCCUGCUUGCGUUGCAUCACAAGAAAAACGAAACUAGGUUGCUCCUGAUAAUAUCUACUUUCCCUCAAAACUAAAACUAAAUUGAAGAGAAGGGUUAGCUGAAGGA